AUGAUAUCCGUUAUCAUACUGCUUAUUUCGUCUGCAUCGGUUGUUUGUGCGGAAGCCUUUUUUCAUGGUCAACGGUUAACUCAAGUCCCAUAUUUUACUGAAACGUCAAAAAAUACUUCCUACCGAGAAGGAUCCGCAGCGAAGCUGAUAUGUAAAGCUAACGCAAACCCGCCACCAGUGAUUCUAUGGUACUUCAGAAGCCAACGAAUACUUCCUUCCAAAAAAUAUAUAUUCAUAGAAGAUUCUACUAUUCUUACAGUUUAUCCAUUUAUUAAAAGUGAUACUGGGAGCUACAAAUGUAUUGCGAAAAAUAAAAAUGGCCAACGCGAACACAUCUUCGAUGUUAAAAUGACUGAGAACUCUGCUCCUAUUAUAACUGAUGCUCCUCAGUCUCGAAUUGCUCAGCCGGGUGAACACAUAACCUUCAUGUGUAAAGCAAGCGGAAUGCCUCAACCACAGAUAACAUGGAGUUUUAACGGUUUUCUCCUUAACGACGAUGACAAACAUAUAACGCUUCUAAAUAAUGAUACUGAAUUGGUGAUCAAUCACGUUACACGUGAAGACCAUGGAAAUUAUACUUGCCGAGCCGUAAACUCAUUAGGAGACUCAAGCGCUAAAGCUCAACUUAUUAUCAACAUUCCACAUCAAGAAUCCAUCGACGCUACACUUACUAACGACUUGUUAAAUAAUGUUGUCAGCAAAGCAAAAGAAAAUGUUGAAAAAGCAAUUUUUGAAUCUAGACGAUCGUUCACUUUAAAUGCAACUUCACCAUGGGAGUACCUUCGCAAGUUUAAAUUCAAUAUACCACAAAAUGCUGAGCUAACCAAAGCUCGUGAAAUAUACGAACAAAGUUUGCUUCUUAUACAAGACCACAUCCAAAAAGGACUGAACUUCACCAUAAGCGACCUGCCUACAAACUUUUCAUUCGAAUCCGUGCUUGCUGUUUCGCACAUACAGACCAUCAUGGAGCUUUCUGGAUGCGUUACCGGACCUUUCCGUAACCCCUGCACUUUAAUAUCAUAUGAUGGACAAUGCAAUAAUAUUGAACAUCCAUUUUGGGGUGUAGCGCAAACACCGUUUCGAAGAAAUCUCCCACCAAUUUACGAAAACGGUUUCAAUACACCAGUCGGGUGGAGCCCUGAUAAAUUAUACCACGGAUUUAAGAAACCAAAUCCGAGAACUAUAUCAAUGAAGCUAAUCUCUACCAAAGACAUAACCCCUCAUUUUGGAUAUACAGCAAUGAUAAAGCAGUGGGGACAAUUUCUUGCACAUGAUAUAGAACAGACCGCUCCUGGCCUAGCAAGGCAAACAUAUAUGAAAGGUGCGAUUUGUAAUCGAACAUGUGAAAACCUUGACCCCUGCUAUAACGUUCCAAUACCUCCAGAAGACCCGAGAAUGCAAAUGGAGAAAAAACCUGAAUUUCCAUGUAUUGAAAUUGAAAGAUCUAGCGCAACCUGUGGUUCUGGGCAAACGGGACCAAUAUACCGUCAACUUACUUAUCGAGAACAAAUGAAUAUCCUUACCGCUUUUAUUGAUGCAUCAAAUAUCUACGGCAGUUCUGAGGUUGACGCUCUUGAUCUACGAGACUUGUUCAGUGAUCAUGGGCUACUCCGAUUCGAUAUCGUUUCUACAGCACAACAACCAUAUUUGCCUUUUGAAAGAGAAUCGGCGAUGGAAUGCAGACGUAACAGGUCGCGAGAAAACCCUAUCAGUUGCUUCCUGGCAGGCGAUUACAGAGCAAAUGAACAGUUAGCUCUGCUCAGCAUGCACACUCUGUGGCUACGAGAACAUAACCGUAUAGCAGCAAAAUUUCUUGAAAUAAAUCCUCACUGGGAUGGCGAAACAAUCUACCAAGAAACCAGAAAGCUUAUUGGAGCCAUUUUUCAAUUUAUUACUUAUGAACACUGGUUGCCGAAAGUUCUGGGACAAGAUGCGUACAAACAACUCAUAGGCGAGUAUACAGGAUAUGACCCUGAAGUGAACCCUACCCUCGCCAACAGUUUUUCAGCUGCAGCGCUUCGAUUUGGUCACACCCUUGUCAACCCUGUAAUUUAUCGGCUAGGAAAAGAUUUUGAACCAAUAAAAGAGGGCAAUAUUCCGCUCCACGAAGCAUUUUUCGCUCCAGAACGGCUGCUCUCUGAAGGCGGCAUUGAUCCACUUCUUAGAGGCCUAUUUGGGGCACCAAUGAAGCAACCUACAGAACACCAACUUGUCAACAGCGAGCUGACUAACAAACUAUUCAGCAGAGUUGAAGACCAAAAAGGCAUCGUUGAUUAUUGCAGUCUAUGUACGACCUCGCCACCAUUAAUAUUCAACGAGGAAGAGACCACGGGUUACCCGGAUACCACUGCGAGAACAAAACUACAAGAACUUUACGGACAUCCAGGUAACAUUGAUCUCUGGGUUGGAGCGAUAUCUGAAAGAAGACUAGCGGGAGCCCUGGUAGGACCAACUAUUGCUUGCAUUAUUAGUGACCAAUUCAGACGGCUACGAACAGGCGACAGAUUUUGUUUCACUAUCUCUUUAAAACUAAGAGGUCCUCAAAAACUUGUGGCACUGGUAAAAACUGAAUUUAACCAAAGGUAUGAAAACGAUGGUGUCUUCACCAAACUUCAACUACAGCAGAUUAGAAAAGCUUCACUUUCUGCAGUCCUUUGCAACAGCGGGGAUGAUAUUGACCGCGUUCAGAGAGACGUCUUCGAGUACAUUGGUGAUCGUCAGCCCAACUUUUACGAAAAAUGUUCAAAUAUUCCACAAAUAAAUCUGAACGUGUGGCAGUCGUGCUGUGAGAAGACGUGCUCAGCCAAUAACGAGGCCAACGUCAGAAGAAAGUACGACAGAGGGGCAAUUUUCAGUGAUUCUGGUCAUUGUGAAAAGAAGCGCGGUGCUAACAAGCGAAUACUAAGUGAAAAGUGCGAGCUUAACGGAGUAGUUAGAAAUGAAGGCGAAGAAUGGAAGCUUGACGACUAUAUUACAUGCAAAUGCAAAAAAGGUCACUACGCAUGCGGUGCACCUAAAAGAUAUAGUCGAAAAUAG